CUUCAUGUUAUUACCUUGUUGCACUGCAAGUCGGCCACCUUCUUCGAUCUGUUCCGGCCUCCUCCGUUGAGGAAUUUCAAGUUCAGGCCACAUUUGAAACAGGAUCAAUAUAUCCAUUACCAUGAGGCAGGCCAUUUUCCUGCCUUUUUUUCUUGGAGCAUUGGCUUACCUAAGUGCUUUAUGGGUGAAAGCUGAAGAUCCCUAUAGAUAUUAUACAUGGACGGUUACAUAUGGAACAAUUUAUCCCCUUGGUGUUCCUUACAUGGGCAUUCUUAUCAAUGGACAGUUUCCUGGCCCUACAAUCGAAUGCGUGACUAAUGACAACAUUAUUGUUGAUGUCAUUAAUAAUCUGGAUGAACCUUUCCUAAUUACAUGGAAUGGAAUCAAACAGAGAAAAACAUCAUGGCAAGAUGGUGUGCUUGGAACCAAUUGCCCCAUUCCUCCAAAGUCGAACUGGACGUACAAGUUUCAAACCAAGGAUCAGAUUGGAACCUUCACCUACUUCCCUUCAACUAAACUGCAUAGAGCUGCUGGGGGUUUUGGGGGUUUCAAUAUUGCGCAGAGAUCUGUCAUAUCAAUCCCAUAUCCUAUACCUGAUGGAGAAUUUACACUGCUUGUUGGUGAUUGGUACAAGAGUAACCACAAGGUAUUGCGGCAGAAAUUGGACUUGGGCAUUGCUCUUCCUUUACCUGAUGGUCUCCUCAUAAAUGGAAUUUCUAAUGGUUCUGUCUUCACUGGUGAACAAGGGAAAACCUACAAAUUCAGGGUAUCAAAUGUGGGCAUAGAAACUUCAAUCAACUUCAGGAUUCAAGGGCAUGUAAUGAAGCUGGUUGAAGUAGAGGGAGCUCACACAAUACAGGACACAUACGAAUCGCUUGACAUUCAUGUGGGUCAAUCUGUAGCUGUUUUGGUUACCUUAAAUGGACCGAUUAAGGACUAUUUCAUUGUUGCUUCUACCCGUUUCACCAAGCCUAUUCUGACUACCACUGCAUUUCUUCGCUAUGCUGGUUCCAACACACAAGCCUCUGGCACAUUGCCUAUUGGCCCAACUUAUCACAUCCACUGGUCUAUGAAGCAAGCAAGGACCAUUAGGUUGAAUUUGACAGCCAAUGCAGCCAGGCCAAACCCUCAAGGGUCAUUCCAUUAUGGGACCAUAAAGGUUGUGAGGACAAUUGUUUUAGCCAAUUCAGAAACAAAGAUAAAUAAGACGCUACGAUAUGCUGUCAACGGGAUCUCUCAUGUCGAUCCAAGCACCCCUUUGAAGCUCGCCGACUGGUUUAAUAUCCCUGGUGUCUUUGGCUUCAACACAAUCAAGGACAGGCCAAGUAAGGGCUCUCCAACCUUUGGCGCCUCUGUCAUUGGAACCACCCUUCAUGACUUCGUUGAAAUCGUCUUCCAAAACAAUGAAAACACUAUCCAAUCUUGGCAUUUUGAUGGAUACAGUUUCUAUAUAGUCGGAUAUGGUUCUGGUUCAUGGACAGCUGACAUGAGGAGACGCUACAACUUGGUUGAUGGCAUUCCCAGACACACUGUUCAGGUAUAUCCAAAGUCAUGGAGUGCAGUAUUGGUGUCUUUGGACAACAAGGGCAUGUGGAAUUUAAGGUCUGCAAUCUGGUCGAGGAGAUACUUGGGACAACAACUGUAUGUCAGAGUUUGGAACGAUGAACACAGCCUUUUCACUGAGAAUGACAUCCCUCUCAAUGCAUUGCGUUGUGGCAAGGCCAAGCACUCAAAAUCUUUUGGCUAGUGUUCAUUUUUUUUUUU